CAGGCUGGGACAUUUCAGACUAGCACCACCUCCUUUGGCUGUUUCUGAGGGCAUCCAGAGGCCAGAGCCCAGUGAUAUUAACUGAAAAGUAAAGAGAGGGCGGCAGAGUUUGGGACCUUUGGGCAGACGUGCUGGUAGCGGAGAGGGCGGGAGGGAGGAGAAGGAGGGCUUUAGGAGCUGAGGCCCCACCUUUCAUUCCAGCGAAGGCUCAGGCCAAAGCGGGGAUGAGUCACCAGCGCGGGCGCUCAGAUUCCCACAGGUGAGCGGACUCAACACUUCUCUCUCCGGAAAAACGUGGCGCUCACUCCUCCUGGAGUGGCCUUGGCAGGGUGUUGGAGGCCUCGGUCUGCCGGGUCUGGUCUCCGGGGCCAGAGCUGGGUUUCCCUCAUGUAUGGCAAGAGCCUUACUCGGGCUGUGCUGCUUUUCCUUGGUAUACAGCUCACAGCUUUUUGGCCUAUAGCAGCUGUGGAAAUUUACACCUCUCGGGUGCUGGAGGCUGUUAACGGGACAGAUGUUCGGUUAAAAUGCACUUUCUCCAGCUUUGCCCCUGUGGGUGAUGCUUUAACAGUGACUUGGAAUUUCCGUCCUCGAGAUGGCGGGUCUGAGCAAUUUGUAUUCUAUUAUCACGGGGAGCCCUUUAAACCCAUGAGCGGGCGGUUCAAGGACCGGGUGGUCUGGGAUGGGAAUCCUGAGCGCUACGACGUCUCUAUAAUCCUCUGGAAACUGCAGUUUGAUGACAAUGGGACAUACACCUGCCAGGUGAAGAACCCACCUGAUGUGGAUGGGCUGAUAGGGGAGAUCCGGCUCAGCGUUGUGCAGACUGCACACUUCUCUGAGAUCUACUUCCUGGCUCUGGCCAUUGGCUCUGCCUGUGCACUGAUGGUCAUAAUUGUAAUAGUGGUGGUCCUCUUUCAGCAUUUUCGGAAAAAGCGAUGGGCUGACAGAGCUCAUAAAGUGGUGGAGAUAAAAUCAAAAGAGGAAGAAAAGCUAAACGAAGGAAAAAAGGUUUCUGUUUAUUUUGAAGAAAGUGAUUAACACUUUUAGAUGG